AUGCAAACACAACAAGAAGUAAUCAAGAAGGGUUUCGAAUAUUUAAAGUCAGAAACCAAUUUGACAAGAGAACAAAUUGAAGAAAUAAUGAAUGGAGAGUUUGUCAAGGUUUUGAAGGAAUUCUCAAUUUACAGAAUGAGAAGGUUUGAAAGUGGUUUGAAAAUGCACUCAAGAAGAAUUGAAUGGUUUGGUCAACUACAACAUUACUGCUUUUAUUUGGGUGAUUUGAUGGAUUUAAUGGAAAAGACUUUUGACAUUUCUGAAAGUCAAUUCUAUCUUGUAGUGAAGAUUAUGUGCAUUAUGAAUUGGAUAGAACCCAUUGCUGAAACAUCCAAUUUAGGACUAUUUCAUCCAUUGCAAGGUUUAGUUUCAAUUGUUCUAAACCUUUUCAAACCAAACGAUUCUUCCAAAAUUGACAGAAACCUAUUUAAACUUUCAAUGAAACCUAGAUUAGUUAUUGUUGGAGGUGGUUUCGGUGGCUACACUGCAUGUAAGGAUAAAACCAUCAGAGAUUUAUUUGAUGUCACAAUUAUUGAUCUCAACGGAGCUUUGGAUUUUGCUCCUGGUUUUCCUUUUAUGGUCAAAGAUAAGGCAGUGGCUGAACAUUUAUCUGUUAAUCAUGCAAACACUCUUCCAAGAGCAAAUUGUAUUGCUGGAAAGGUUUCAAAAAUUGACAAAUCCCUCAUUCAUUAUCGAAUUCAUUCCAAGUCAACUGAGGAAAUCACUGAAACUAUAGAAUAUGAUUUCGUAUUGAUUGGUACUGGAUGUACAUGUCGUUUCAAUUUACCAACUCUCCGCUCUGACAAUCAAAUCAAGUUUGUAAAUUGUUACAAUUCCCAAAGCAUUCUCGAUUCUCAUGAAUUUAUCAGAAACUCAUCUCUGAAAGAUAUUUGUAUUGUGGGUGGAGGUUUUGUUGGCUGUGAAAUUGCAGGCUCUAUUGCUGAAAAGUAUCCUGAAAAGACUAUUCAUAUUAUUCAAAGAUCUGACAGAAUUAUGAAACCUUCUAGUGAAGAAGCAAGUAAGAAAGUUAGUGAAGUAUUCGAAACAAUGAGAAAUGUAAAGAUUCACCUAUGGAGUGAGAUUGUUUCUCAAUCAAAUUCAACAACUUUUAGAAUUCAGAAUAGUCAAUUGAAUACAUUCAUUGAUAUUGAAUGUGAUGUUUGUUUUCUGUGCACUGGAUUGAAACCACAAUCUGAAAUGUUAAGAGACGAAUUUCCAAAUAGUUUGGAUUCGAACGGUUUCAUCCAAGUUAAUAAUCAUUUACAAGUUUUAGAUGAAAACGACCAACCAUUCAAAAAUAUGUUUGCCAUUGGCGAUGUAACUAAUGUAAAAGAAACCAAAUUGGUUUAUUGCUCAAUACUUCAAUCCCAAAAAGGUAUGUAA